AUGAGAAGAGGGUGCUCCUUUAAUUCACUCUUCACUUCCAAGUUCCUUGUCCGACUCCUUCUUCCUGAACUUCCACCCCUCAAGUUCCAUGGAAGUGGGGUCUUCUACAGUGGCGGUGGAGCUAAAUUUAGCACUUUGAUGAUUGAUAGUGCCAAUGUGAGGCUUGGGUCGGUGGAAGCGGCAUACUUGGCGCGGUCGGAGCAGCGGUCGAGAUCUCCAGCGGUAGUAGCUCACUCGCCGCCUCUUCUGCAGGUCCCUCUUCAUCCGCUGGCCAAUCAGUUCUGUGGAUCAAUAGGAUUGAAGAAACCACCUUCCAUGUUCAGGAGAAGUGCACUGAAAUUGGGAUUGAAGGACAUCCCUCUGGAAUCCGGAUUCGACAGUAGAAAGGGCAAGCUCAACUAA